AUGUCUCUCCUAUUGGACUCUACCGCCACCUCAUCUCCUGCUCUUCUCUACCCUCCAUCCAUCGAGCUUAAACAUGAUAACGCGGGCGGGGCUUUGGUUUUCGACCCGGUUUUCCUUCAAAAGCAACCAAACUUGCCCGCCAAGUUUUUCUGGCCUCAGGGGGACUUGGUUCACGCUCAGGAGGAGCUUCAAGAGCCCCUCGUGGACCUGGGUGGGGUCCUAAGAGGUGACGGCGUGGCAACUGCUCGAGCUGUUGAGCUUGUGCGGGCAGCUUGCUUGAGCCACGGAUUCUUCCAGGUCACCAACCAUGGCGUUGAUGCGAGUCUCAUUCGCGCCGCGCAUGAUGAAUUCGACGCCAUUUUCAAGAUGCCCCUCAACCGGAAGCUCAGACUUUGCAGGAAACCCGGGUGCAUCUCCGGGUAUUCGGGCGCCCAUGCGGAUCGCUACUCCUCUAAGUUGCCAUGGAAGGAGACUUUUUCCUUUGCGUACCGUGGGACUGAAUCCCAACCAAUCGUAUUUAACUAUUUCAAGUCUGUCUUAGGACAAGAUUUUGAACAAACUGGAUGGGUGUACCAAAGAUACUGUGAAGCGAUGAAGGAAGUGUCUCUAGUGAUAAUGGAGCUGUUGGCAAUGAGCUUGGGGGUGGAUCGCCUACAUUACCGGAAAUAUUUUGAAGAUGGAAGCUCAAUAAUGAGGUGCAAUUACUAUCCCCCUUGCAAAAAUUCGGGGCUCACGCUCGGCACGGGUCCUCAUUGCGACCCGACUUCUUUGACCAUUCUUCAUCAAGACCAAGUUGGAGGGCUUGAAGUGUUUGCAAAUGACAAAUGGCAAGCUAUCCGACCCAGACCCGAUGCCCUUGUCAUCAACAUUGGCGAUACAUUUAUGGCGUUAUGCAAUGGGAGAUACAAGAGUUGCCUGCACAGGGCAGUGGUGAACAGAGACAAGGAGAGGAGAUCGUUGGUUUUCUUUGUGUGCCCAAAAGAGGACAAAGUGGUGAGACCCCCACAAGAUUUGGUCUGCAGAGAAGGGCCAAGGAAGUACCCGGAUUUCACAUGGUCCGACUUGUUGGAGUAUACACAAACCCACUACAGGGCUGACGUUGCUACCCUCCAAAGCUUCAUCCAAUGGCUUCCCUCUUCCAAACCAUCCAAAUUCUAGUUCCUUUCGCCUCGCCUCAUUAUUCUCAUCCUCAAUUGCUACUUAACCAUAUAUAUAUAUAUAUCACUCUCUCAAUUAUCUUUUUUAUUAUCUUCGUACAGAGAACGGAUGAAUUUUUCAUUGAAUUUGUGGGACUUACACGUGAGUUCAUAAAUCUAAUGAUGAAUUUGUGAAAAAGAUAGUUAAAAGAUGGUUGAGAGAAUAAUAUGUACCUAACAUGUCUUUUAUAUAUAUUAUCUCAUAAACCCGCCCUAUUCUAUAUAUA